AUGCACGACGACCUACGGCGACGCGCUUUGGAGAGCGGAAAGACAGUUUCGAAAAAAGCUCAGUCUCGUAUCUCUUCCAGAGCUUCCACUGCCCCAACUUCUCGCACACACAGCAGAGCUGUCAGUCGCCAUGGCUCUGAUGACGAAGAUGGAGAUCUAAGCGAUAGCACAAACUGGAGUGUCAACUCGAUCGAUGAUAUGCUUGCGACAGAUCUGCCCGAAGACGCCACCGAAGCAUGGAAACAAGACCUCACCGAUCGCAUAGAAGAAAUCAUAGAUAGAAAAAGAAGUAGCGCCCAAGGAAGAGAGACGACCCUCACCGCAUAUACUCAUUACUUGAUGAGCCAUUAUGCUUUCGACCAGAUAAAACACAAGACCAGCGAGUUGUUCCCGGCGUUAAUGAAGAGCAUUAAAGUAGACAAUACAGAGAAAGAAAUAUGCCUUGCACUGAGAGCUAUUGCACUCACCAUUAUUACGGUCCCCUCCGAAACAGCAUACGACGGUUUAUUCCAGCCCUUAAAGAGAACCUAUUCAGAUUCGGAAUAUCCUGCGGUCAAAGCGACGGCGAUACAUACACUCAGUACAGCAGCAGUAUAUGGAGGUGCUGGAGAUGAUGAAAUUGGUGAUGUGAUGGAUGAUUUACUAGAGAUUAUCGAAUCAGACGGAAAUUCCAUCGAGGCAGCAGACAACGGAGAAGUGGUAGCAGCAGCGUGCCAGGCAUGGGGUUUUCUGGCAACUUCGCUCGAAGACCUCGAAGAAAAGACAGAAACCGCAAUGGAUGCAUUCGUAGAACAGCUGGAGAGCAGUGACACCAAAGUCCAAGUCGCAUCUGGUGAAAACAUCGCUCUAAUCUACGAAAAGAGCCACACCCCACGAGAAACUGACGACGGCCCUGUAAGUUCCGACGAUGAAGACGAAAUGGCCGCCGAAGAAGCGCGUUUCGUAAAACGGUACGACGUCUACCGCCAAAAUAACCAACUCGAGCAUACCCUCCGCCAGCUCGCGACCGAGUCCUCCAAACGAAUUGCAAAGAAAGACCGGAAAACGCUCCACACCAAUUUCUCGGACAUCUUGAACACUGUCCAACAUCCAGCACUCGGCCCGCGAUACUCGACCGCAAGAGAUGAGAAUGGUCGUAUCUAUGGCUCGAGAAUGACGGUUCGCGUACAUAAAUCGGGGACGAUGAAGAUUGAUAAGUGGUGGAAGUUACAUAGGCUUCAAGCCCUGAGAAGAGUUCUUGGUGGUGGCUUUGUCGUGCAUUAUGAGGAUAAUGAGGUUGUGUUUGAGAGUCUGCCAAUCAUAAUCCAAGCCGACUAA